AUGAAUCCUAAAACUACUGCAAGGGAUUUAAGACAACAAUUCUUCGACUUCUUUAAAUCAAAGGGUCAUGUUUACGUUCACUCUUCUUCCACCAUUCCACAUAAUGAUCCCACACUUUUGUUCGCAAAUGCUGGCAUGAAUCAGUAUAAAUCUAUAUUCCAAGGUACUGUAGAUCCCAAUAGUGAGCUUGGUCGUCUCAAAAGAGCUUACAACUCCCAGAAGUGCAUACGAGCAGGAGGUAAACAUAAUGACUUGGAUGAUGUCGGUCGGGACGUUUACCAUCAUACAUUUUUUGAAAUGCUUGGAAAUUGGUCCUUUGGAGAUUACUUCAAGAAAGAAGCUUGCGAAUGGGCUUGGGAGUUAUUAACAAAAGUUUGGAAAAUACCUGGUGAUCGUUUGUAUGUCACCUAUUUCGGUGGCAAUAAUACACUUAACCUGCCUCCGGAUGAAGAGGCACGUGAAAUAUGGAUCUCACUUGGUUUACCAAAGAGUCGCGUGCUUCCAUUUGGUAUGAAAGAAAAUUUUUGGGAAAUGGGCGAAACCGGUCCCUGUGGUCCUUGUUCCGAAAUACACUAUGAUCGUAUUGGUAAUCGUGAUGCUGCUCAUUUGGUAAAUCAAGAUGAUCCGGAUGUUUUGGAGAUAUGGAACUUGGUGUUCAUACAGUUUAAUCGAGAAGAUGGUGGGUCUUUAAGACCACUCCCAUCGAAACACGUUGAUACAGGAAUGGGAUUUGAACGAACACUAUCGGUCAUUCAAGGAAAAAGAUCAAAUUACGACACAGAUCUAUUUACGCCUUUGUUCAAAGCAAUUGAGGAGGGUACUGGAGUUAGGCCAUAUACUGGGAAAGUUGGUGCUGACGAUACUGAUGGAAUUGACAUGGCUUAUCGUGUUUUAGCUGAUCAUGCAAGAGUGUUAACUGUAGCUCUUAGUGAUGGUGGUCGUGCUCAGAAUACUGGUCGAGGAUAUGUACUUCGCCGUAUUUUAAGGCGUGCUGUCCGGUUUGCCGUGGAAGUUUUAAAUGCCAAACCUGGAUUUUUGUCUUCUUUAGUAGAUAUUGUCAUUCAGACACUAGGAGACGCAUUUCCAGAAGUAACUCGAGAUCCAGAUACUGUAAAGGAGCUUAUUAACGAAGAGGAACAACAAUUUUUAGUUACUUUAAAGCGUGGUCAACGUCUUCUUAAUCGUGUGAUCGGAGAUUUGAAGGUAUCCACAAAUAACAGUGCUACUUUAUCUGGUGAAGUUGCCUGGCGUCUGUAUGAUACCUAUGGAUUCCCUCUGGAUCUGACACAAUUGAUCGCUGAAGAACAUCACUUAAAAGUUGAUCUAGAAGGUUAUGAGAAGGCUAAAGAAGAAGCUCAGGCUCGUAGUCAAACGGGAACGUGUGCAGGUGGAUUGGUUGUUGAUCUGGAUGUACAUGCACUGGCUGAAUUAAAAAACAAAGGCGUACCACUUACAGAUGACUCUGAAAAGUUUAACUAUACAUCUGAUUCUGAAGGAAACUACGUGUUCCCGGAUGCUGAAGCAACUGUGUUGGCUAUUCGUAAUGAAAAUGACUUCGUUGAAAGUGCUACUUUGAAUGGACAAAUGUGUGGCAUAGUCUUGGACAGGACUUUGUUUUAUGCGGAAUCUGGAGGACAGCUGUAUGAUCAUGGCUUUAUAACCAGUUGUACGGAUGAAACAACGGAACUAAGCAUUGUAGAUGUUCGUUGUCGUGGUGGUUAUAUUUUGCACAUAGGAACACUGCAGGGUGAGUUGAAGGUUGGAAGCAAGGUUCGUCUUUCGCUUGACGCUGUCCGACGUACAGGAUUAAUGCGAAAUCACACAGGAACGCACGUCUUAAAUUUCGCCCUUCGUGAAUUAGUGGAGGAAUCUGACCAGAAGGGUAGCUUGGUUGCCCCAGAUCGUCUGCGUUUCGACUUCACUUCUAAGCGAGGAAUGACACGUGAUGAGUUAUCAAAAGCUGAGGAAAUAUGUCAUGCAAUGAUUACCAAGAACUUAGAAGUCUACUCAUCUGAUGUUUCAUUGUCUUAUGCAAAAACCAUUCAAGGAGUACGAGCCGUAUUCGGUGAAGUAUAUCCUGAUCCAGUUCGUGUUGUUUCAAUCGGUGUCCCUGUAACAACCCUAGUUGCUCACCCAGAGAAAGGAUUGGGUAAAACUACUUCAGUGGAAUUUUGUGGUGGAACUCACGUCCUUAAUACAAAACACAUUGGAGAUUUGGUUAUUGUCAGUGAAGAGGCUAUAGCGAAAGGUAUUCGACGGAUUGUAGCUCUUACUGGUCAUGAAGCGGAACGUGCUCAAAAAGAAUCUACAAGACUUGAAAAAGAAGUGAAUGAAAUGGUCAAGUCAGUCAGUCUAUUGAUUUCGCAAGGUCAAGGUACUAAUGAAAGUGAUUACUUUCGUGUAAGUAGACAAAUGAUUGAUUUAACAGAGCAUGUUGCUCGUGCCAUUAUUAGUCAACACUGUCGUGAAUUGUUACGCGAGAAAUUACAAGAGGCGAAGAAAUUGUUAGAUGCACGUGAUAAAGCAUCCAAGACGGCUGUUGCAUCUAAGGUUAUGGAGGAAGCUCGAUCUCUGUGUGAAACUCUGGCGAAUUCUCCCAAAGACUUCAUUAUUCAUGUAUUUGAUGCUCAAUCGAACACGAAAGCUCUGAAUUCAGCCUUGAAAGAAAUAGAAAAGUUAUGUCCUAAUAAAGCUGUGAUGGCGUUUUCAUCGGAUCGUGUUUCAAAUAAGUUGAUUUGCCUUAGUCAAGUUCCAAAGGUACUUGUUUCACGUGGCUUAAAAGCCAACGAAUGGGUGUCCAGUGUAAGUAAGGCGAUGGAUGGUAAAGGCGGUGGUAAAGAGACAUCAGCACAAGCUGUUGGAAAUCGAAUUGAUGCUGUUGGAGAAGUAAUUCAGUUGGCAGACGCGUUCGCUGUUGCAAAACUAACUGGGAACUGA